GCAACAAAUUGGAUGCCAACCGCCGUUAAACCUCAUUGAAGAAAAAGAAGAAGAAGAAGAAGAAGAAGAAGAAGUUAUCGCUCAAACAAUCAACAUGGAACGAAUGAGGAAAUACUGUACUACGUGAGAAGAUUCCAUUCAAAUGGACACCUAUAAGCAAGAUGGCAAACUCAGAUAAGGAUAUCUCCUACUCUGACCUCAAGGCCCUUCUGGACAAGAGCAACAAGGGUCUUCUGGUGGUUGAUGUACGGACCAAAGAGGAGGUAGACCGAGGACACAUUCCAGGAUCCAUCCAUAUUCCAGUUGAUACAGUGGAGAGUGCCCUAGCGCUGGACCCUACUGAGUUCCAGGCCAAAUACGGGGUGCCCAAGCCCCCCUUGGACACCCCUGAGCUGGUGUUUCACUGUCAGAUGGGCCGGCGAGGAGGCGUGGCCACAGACAAGGCACGAGGCCUGGGAUUCCAAAAGGACGUCAACUAUGCCGGAGGAUACAAGGAGUGGUCUGAGAAAGAGGGGAAAUGGGGCGCACGAUUAGCCUGCAUUGUGAAAGCAGGGCAUAAAAACGCACAAAUGAUGCUCACAUUCUGCUGAAACAUUUUGCUACUUUUAUUUGUUAUUGCACAUGUGUUAUGUAUGUUUUAAAAUAAAGAUAGAGAAUAAAAUUGUACAAUUA